AUGCAAUCAGCCAUGAUAUUGAAUCCUCCAACUUGUUCAUACAUUUCUAGAACCUUCCAAACCCUAGAUUCUUCAUCUUCAUGCUCGCCUUCUUCUUCUUCUUCUUCUACAACCACUCUCUUUCUUCCUCCUCCUCCUCUCAAGAUUUCAGGUUUCUUUGGAACUCGAGUUUCCAGGCGUAAUUCGCCAUCGCGCUCCCUGCGUAGACAGUAUCAACUUGUAAAGGCGGUUGCAACUCCAGAUUCAGCAGUAGAGUUGCCGCUUACUGCAGAAAACAUUGAGAGUGUGCUGGAUGAAAUUCGACCAUAUCUGAUUUCAGAUGGAGGAAAUGUUGCACUGCAUGAAAUUGAUGGCAACGUUGUUAAGCUAAAACUACAAGGAGCGUGUGGCUCUUGCCCAAGUUCUGUCACGACAAUGAAAUUGGGAAUUGAGCGUCGUUUGAUGGAAAAGAUACCAGAAAUUGUUGCGGUUGAAGCAGUACCAGAUGAAGAAACUGGUCUUGAGCUUAACGAAGAAAACAUAGAGAAGGUUCUUGAAGAGAUAAGGCCAUAUCUCGUUGGGGCAGCUGGUGGAAGUUUGGAGCUUGUGGCAAUUGAGGAGCCAAUUGUUAAAGUCCGAAUCACAGGUCCUGCAGCCGGUGUAAUGACUGUUCGCGUGGCUGUAACUCAGAAACUGAGGGAAAAGAUCCCAGCAAUAGCAGCAGUUCAACUCUUACAGUAGAAUGUGUCGCGCAUCUAUCUUUCUUGGACAUCAUAGUAGAGGAAAUUGGAGCACGAUUGGCUCACUUUGCGCCACUUCAUACGCUACCAUGCCUGUAAAAGAAACAGUACACUUUACUUUGUACAGUUGUGCUGCAUUUAAUUUUUCAGUCUAUAUGUUCUAUAUUGUAUUAUUUGAAUAGGCACCCUGGAAAGGGAUUUGCAAUACCCAGUUUGUGGAUCGAGAUGACCCUGUGAUGUGAGUUGUUCAAACACGGGAUGUUUAGGAUUUUCUCAUAACUAAAAGGAAUUAUUUAGAUAAGGAUGCUCCAUUAUGAGCAAAUAGAUACUCUGGAAUCACAAAAUAUGUAUAUUUGUACAGCGUGCAUGCCAAAAAUUUCAGUACUUUUGGAUGA